GGAUGAAUAUAUUUCUUGGAACCCUUUGUUUGAAAUGGCGGUAACAUAGCAGCGCGCCAAAACCAGAAAAGAUCAUGGUGGAUCAGCGUUGGUGGAGAUGUUUUGGCUCAGUGCCAAAGUCUCGACGACAGACAGCCGUUUUACUUGUGGGAUUUUUCCAGCUUUCAGCUGCAGUUCACAUUCAGCCAGUUGACGAGCCAAUAAAAGCCAAGGACUCUGAUUGCAUGGUCAUCCUGCCAUGUGACUUUACAACAGAUAUAUACGAGAAUCCACAAAUCACGUGGUAUCAAGAGAGAAUCGGCGAGAGGAGAGAAAUCAUGCGGUACAACAUCAAAAAUCACUUGUCAUCUUACGGGGAGUUUCUAAACCGUGUGGCACGAGGAGAUAAAGGGGCACUGGUAGUGUUUAAUCCCAAGUCACGUGACUCAGGCAGUUAUACCUGUGAAGUUGAAAUCGACCACGACACUCCAUCCUGGAUGAAGAAUACAGUAAUCCUGGAAGUUGUGAAAGUACCCGAUGAAGAGGAAGCUACUUGUCCAGUAUACGAAAAACCGUCUAAAGGAUUGAUUGUUGCUGUUGUAUUGUUCUUCCUAACCUCACUUGCCUGCAUGUUCAUACUGGGAAAAAGGGGGAUAACUCCGAACCGCCAUAUCUGGAAAACUUUUAUGGAAAAGCCAAGGAAACAGCGGGUUAUUUUUGGGUUGAGGGCGGCACUUGUUGCCUUAGUGCUUUGUCUGCUUAUAAUCGGCCUGAUCUGUAUCAUGUACGCCUUCUCAAGCACCGCCCGCGAAACAGUUCGACGAUAUGAACGUUUGGGCCUUGCUAUUGGCAUCACGGGUGCUUUGAGUCUAGUGGUAACAACGAUUCUUCUAACAUGUCCACCGGCAAGAUUUCGUUCAUUAAUAACCAAGCGGAAAGACAGUGGCGACAGGGCCUCUAUACCCGUGGAAGAACCUCACAGAGAGGAGCAUCGCUGCAGUGGUGAAUCCGAGGAAGAAGGGGCUACUGGCCUAACAGAUACAUUCUCUUGUGCUGUUGGUGUGUCAAUUGAAAAAGGAACCUCUGUCGAAACUUCUGCCCUUUUGUCACAGGCGCGAGAAGGUUUUCAGGAAUCAGAAAUCCAAACAUUGCCCGGACCACCUGGGUCAGACUGUGCUAUUACUGGAAUCGUGGCAACUUCUUUGAGGAACUUGUAUGUUUCUACACCAAAAGCCUUGUUUUACGUGGACCUCUCCAAAAAUGAAACGGAAGAACGUUACACUAAAGUAAGAGACUUUCAAAAUGAGUUACUUAUGAUGGAGAAGUCUCCCGACGGUGUGAUCCUUUGUGGAAGGCGUAAGAAAUCGGGAAUGUUUACAAUCAGUCCCGCGACAGAACAAUAUGUCAUUAUCAUGUUUCGCACUAGCGAUAAAAGUGUCGAUAAAGUAACAGAGAUCAACCCUUUUACAUGGGUGUAUAAAGGACGGGAGGACCCUUUCCUAUACAUCACUGAUUCCAUGAAGGGGAAAAUCGUAAAGUUGAAUGCAAGUGGGGAAAAGCAAGAGGUCAUUGGUGAACGUAUACUACAAAACCCGCAGUGUGUCGUACAGAACUCCUCGCGCCAAUUUAUUGUUACAGAUGUAACCAAAAAUGACAUUUUUGUCUUUAAUCCCGACGGAGAAUUUUUAAAUUCAAUGAAGAUAACAUUGCCCAAAAAUCUGGAGAAUGAAGUGAACGGGUGCAACAGACUGGCUGUUGGUCCUGACGACAAGAUCUAUGCUGCAGGCCCAUCUUCAAGGAAUAUCCUAGUGUUUUCUGCAGAUCGCAGGUUCGAAAACCUUUUACCCUUGGGCUCGGAGAAACACGACAGCAUAACGUCUCUUUUCGUGUAUCAGGACUUGCUGUAUGUAGCUCACAAGGAUUGCAUUAGGGUUUAUCCCUUGAUUUGA